GAUGUAGCUGUGGUUGAAUGGACUGGGAGUGUGGGGCGACCCCGGCUAAACAUAGAAAGUCAAACCCUCCUGAAUCUACUCAGUACUGGGUUACCACUGACUUCUUUGACUGACCUCCAUGGCAUUUCAAGGUCAACUCUGUAUAGACGGAUGCAAGAGCAUAACCUCUCUGUCAGAAAAUGCUAUUCUGACAUAUCAGAUGAUGUGCUAGAUCAGAAGGUUAGGUCUAUAAAGGCAAGAAUGCCCCAUGCUGGCUACAGGCUAGUGAAAGGAUCUCUACAAGCAAUGGGGCAUCGGAUUUCGUGGAGAAGAGUAAAGAUGUCAUUGCAGCGUGUGGAUGGUGCAGGAAUAAUUGCCAGGAUGGUCCAGCUGUCUUGCAUUGCAAGACGGACAUACUCUGUUCCCGCUCCCUUGUCUCUUGUCCACAUCGACACAAACCACAAGUUAAUAAGGUACAACAUUGUGAUUUUUGGAGCAAUUGAUGGCUUUUCAAGGAAGAUCUUUUACCUGGACACAGCUGGGAAUAACAGAGCAGAGACGGCUUUUGGAUUCUUCAUGGAUGGAGUUCGGAAAAAUGGAUGGCCAUCAAGAGUACGAGCCGAUCAAGGGGUUGAAAAUGUAGACAUCGCUAGAUGCAUGUUUACUGUGCGAGGAACAGCCCGUGGCAGCUUUAUUGCUGGAAAAAGCGUCCAUAACCAGAGAGUGGAACGCCUAUGGAGAGAUGUUUGGAGUGUAACGUGUCAGUACUACGACGUGCUCCACAGUUUGGAGGAAGAGGGCUUCAUUGACCUGUCCAUUGCUGUCCACCUCUUCUGUGUGGGCUAUGUCUUCAUACCACGACUACGAUCAGAUUUGCAGCAUUUUACGGAGAGCUGGAAUUGUCACCCCUUAAGCACAGAGGGAAAUCUGACACCGAAUCAGCUAUGGAUGAUCGGGAUGCUGCAAGCACCUGUGCCAGAGCCAGACCUGGUAGAGAUCCAGCAAGCUGAGGACCAACCCUCUCAGGAACAGCAAAGUGACAACACUGAGCAUGGAGUUAUUGUACCAGACAUCCAAUGUCCCCUGUCAGCUGAAAGACUUGCUGCACUACAGCACCUAGUGAACCCCACCACCGAGUCCUCAUCCUUUGGUCGGGACAGCUUUCGGACUCUAACAUUCUGA